AUGGCGGAGAUGGUCGGUUCUGCGGUUGUGGAGGAAACACUGAAGCAGGUCAUGUCUGGUCUGAUUGGUAAGCAGCAGCAUCAAGAGGAUGAAGCGAAACCACAUGCCAUAAAUCUGCAAUCUCUUUCCCUUCCGGAUUGUUCCCGUAAGCCCAUAUCACUCGCGGAACAUGCAACUGCGGAGCCGUCGGCGGAGCCUUUGAUGGAGCCGCUGGCAGAGGUGGUGGAGUAUGCUCUCAUGAUCGGGCAACCUGAGCCGGCGGUGAUAGCGGGGUUGGUGGUGAUGGCUCUUGUUGCUAGUGUUCCUGGAAGCUUUGAAGUUCCUAUAACAGCACAAAAGCUUGGGAAGUCUGGAAAAUUUGAUGCAAUUCUGUGCAUUGGAGCUGUGAUUAGAGGUGACACAACCCACUAUGAUGCUGUUGCAAACUCAGCCGCAUCAGGGGUACUCAAUGCUGGAUUAUCUGCCGGUAUUCCUUGCAUAUUUGGUGUUCUAACCUGUGAAGACAUGGACCAGGCCCUAAACCGGGCUGGUGGCAAGGCUGGAAACAAGGGCGCUGAAGCUGCUAUCACUGCUAUUGAGAUGGCCUCUCUGUUUAGGCAUCACUUAUGCUAA